UAUUCGCGGAUAGAUUCGAAUUCAGAUUCAAAAGUGUGCUCGUCGUCAUCUUUCGACAGUGGAUAUACACACACUACUGACCAGAUAAAGCAGAUACAUGGAUGGCGUCGUCACCAUCUGAUCAAACGGCGGAGAUAAUCGAUGGGAAGGCGGUCGCUCACACCAUCCGAUCAGAGAUCGCCGUGGAAGUUCGCCAUUUAUCUGAGAAACACGGCAAGGUCCCAGGACUAGCGGUGGUCAUAGUUGGGUUACGGAAAGAUUCACAGACUUACGUGAACAUGAAGAGGAAAGCUUGCGCUGAGGUUGGGAUCAAGUCAUUCGAUGUUGACUUACCUGAGGAUGUUCCUGAAGCUGAUCUUAUAACCAAAGUUCAUGAACUAAACUCAGAUCCUCAAGUCCAUGGUAUAUUGGUUCAGCUCCCGUUGCCGAAACAUAUCAACGAGGAGAAUGUUCUGGGUGCAAUCAGCAUUGAUAAAGACGUAGACGGCUUCCAUCCUUUGAAUAUUGGUAAGCUAGCUAUGAAAGGUAGAGAGCCCCUCUUCCUUCCAUGCACCCCAAAGGGUAGUUUGGAGCUUUUGGUGAGAAGUGGAAUAAAGAUAAAGGGGCAACGAGCAGUUGUAGUAGGUCGGAGUAACAUUGUUGGUUUGCCUGUUUCGCUUCUACUGCUCAAGGCUGAUGCUACUGUCACAACUGUACAUUCUCACACCAAGGAUCCUGAGGCUAUCAUAAAAGAAGCUGACAUCGUUAUUGCUGCAGCUGGACAAGCCUGCAUGAUUAAGGGAGACUGGAUAAAGCCAGGGGCUGCAGUGAUCGAUGUGGGAACUAACGCGGUCAGCGACCCGUGUAGGAAAUCAGGAUACCGUUUGGUUGGUGAUGUUGAUUUUGCAGAAGCUUCUAAAGUCGCAGGGUUCAUUACUCCUGUCCCUGGUGGUGUAGGCCCAAUGACAGUGGCUAUGCUGCUCAGAAACACCUUAGACGGCGCCAAGCGGGUCAUUGGCCAGUAAACUAUCUUUUCUGUAUGUAAUCUAUGAUACAUUUCUAUAAUUGUGUUCUCUGCUUGAUGACAUUAUCCCUCUCAAAUAAAAUUUAAAAUUUGCA